CCUUGAAAGAAGAUUUCCUGAAUGACCCUCUGGUGGGAAAGAAAACAGACCAACUGGGUCUGCCUCAAACACUGCAGCAGGAGUUUUCGCUGAUCAACGUGCAGAUCCGAAAUGUCAACGUGGAGAUGGAUGCGGUGAGCCGUAGCUGUACGGUGUCAGUGCACUGCGGCAACCACCGAGUCAGGAUGCUGGUGAUGUUCCCCGUCCAGUACCCCAACAAUGCUGCGCCGUCCUUCCAGUUCAUCAACCCAACCUCAAUCACUGCCUCCAUGAAGGCCAAGCUGCUGAAGAUACUGAAAGACACUUCUCUGCAGAAAGUGAAGCGGAACCAGAGCUGCCUGGAGCCCUGCCUGCGUCAGCUGGUCUCCUGGCUGGAGUCCGUUGUGAACCAAGAGGACAGCACAUCCAGCAAUCCCUACGCUUUGCCAAACUCCGUAACGCCUCCCUUGCCCACGUUCGCCCGUGUCUCCAACGCCUACGGCUCCUACCAGGACUCCAACAUCCCAUUUCCACGGACCUCUGGAGCCAGGUUCUGUGGUGCAGGGUAUCUGGUGUAUUUCACGAGACCCAUGACCAUGCACCGCGCCGUGUCCCCGACGGAGCCCACCCCCAGGUCCCUGUCAGCUUUAUCAGCGUACCAUAGUGGCCUCAUUACUCCAAUGAAGAUCCGCACGGAGACACCGGGCAACCUGCGCUUGUACAGCGGGAGUCCGACACGCAGUGAGAAGGAACAGGUCUCCAUUAGCUCCUUCUACUACAAAGAGAGGAAAUCAAGGAGGUGGAAAAGCAAACGAGAAGGGACAGAUUCCAACAACCGACCCAUCAAAGCCGCUGGGAAAGUUAUUAUCCAAGAUAUUUCCUGCUUGCUGCCUGUCCACAAGCUGCUGGGAGAGCUCUACAUAUUGAAUGUGAAUAAUAUCCAGGAGACUUGCCAGAAGAACGCUGCCUCCGCUCUGGCCGUGGGACGGAGGGAUCUCGUACAGGUUUGGUCACUGGCCAUGGUAGCCACUGAUCUCUGUCUUGGACCGAAGUCUGACCCAGAUUUGGAGAUACCUUGGGCGCAGCAUCCAUUUGGACGGCAAUUACUGGAGUCCCUGCUGGCUCAUUACUCGCAGCUCCACGACGUGCAGACCCUGGCCAUGCUGUGCAGCGUGUUUGAAGCCCAGUCCAGGUUACAAGGGUGCCCGAAUUCCUAUGGCCCCUUCCCUCAGCGUGCCUCCAACCUGGCCUCCCACAGCCGAUACCCCAGCUUUACCUCCUCUGGCUCCUGUUCCAGCAUGUCAGAUCCUGGCACCGGAGGCUGGAGCAUAGCAAACAAAGACACGGAGCAGGGCUCCGCUCCCUGGUGCGAGUCUUCUCCGGAUGACUUCCGCUACGGAAACCUGACGUACCCCGAUCACCGGGAGCGUGAGAAGGACCAGCAUGAGAAAAACAAGAGGCUCCUGGAUCCUGCCAACACUCAGCAAUUUGACGACUUCAAGAAGUGCUAUGGAGAAAUCCUUUAUCGCUGGGGGUUGCGAGAGAAGCGAGCUGAGGUUCUGAAGUUUGUCUCUUGUCCUCCUGAUCCCCACAAAGGAAUCGAGUUCGGGGUGUACUGCAGCCACUGCCGCAGCGAGGUACGCGGCACCCAGUGUGCCAUCUGCAAGGGCUUCACCUUCCAGUGCGCCAUCUGCCACGUGGCCGUGCGGGGCUCCUCGAACUUCUGCCUGACGUGUGGGCACGGGGGCAACACCAGACACAUGAUGGAGUGGUUUCGCACGCAGGAGGUGUGCCCCACGGGCUGCGGGUGCCACUGCCUGCUCGAGAGCACCUUCUGAGCAGUCCUUGACAGCAG